AUGGAGACGGUGUGCUCCAGCGCCGAGCUGCUCCACGCGUCAACACUCCUCAGUGUCCCACCCACGAUCAAGCCGCGGCCGCAGUCGGUCUCGUCGGCCCGCCGACAGACGCCGCAGCAGCUCCGACAGCUCGCAACCAAGAGGCGACCGCCGAGUGUACCGGAAGACCGGUGGCUGGCUGGCUACACCAAAAUCAAGAAGCUCGGCGCCGGCGGCUUUGGCACGGUCUGGCAAGUGAUCGAUGCCAAAACGAGUGCCGCCUUUGCCCUCAAGCAGAUUCCCAAAGACGAUGCGCUCAUGAGCAGCGCCGUGGCGUCGGCCAUCACGGAGGCGCGCGUCGGCACAACGUUGUUUGCGGGCGUCGACGUGGUCGGCGACAAGCUCCGACAACGCCUUCCUUCGUCCAGCGCCGUCUUAUCGACCAAGAGAGCGCCGCUCGAGUGCAUUGCGCAGCUCUACCGCAUCAAGGGGGAUUUUUACCAAGGGUCGCGCGUCUACAAGAUUCUGCACCGUCCACUGUAUCUCGCCAUGCAGGAAAACAUCCAGCUCCUCAAGACGUUUCUACGACAACUCAUCUCGGCGGUCGCGACGCUGACGGAGCUCGGCGUUGUCCACGCAGACAUCAAGCCCGACAACAUCCUCGUCACAUCGACGCUGCAGCCCAAUGGGAAGCGCGACCUCCACUUGAAGCUCAUCGACUUCGGCGCCGCGUUUCGCGCGGCGUCGCCGCGCCUCUCAUCAGCGACGACACCCGAGUAUGUCCCACCCGACAUUCACGAGCUCUUGCGCACCAAGCACAGCGCCAACCACAUCAAGCUCUACUUUGAAGACCACUGCACGCCGCAUGCCUUUGAUAUGUGGUCCGUCGGGAGCGUCUUCCUCGAGAUCGCGGCCGGCGUCCCAAUCUGGUUUGCGUUCAAGUCGCGUGUUGACGAGAGUGCCAAGCCCCGUCUCGUGACGGGCCUCAUGUCGGCGCCGGGUCGGAAGCCGGAUAAGAUUGCCUUGCGCCAGACGUAUGUGGCCGAAAACCUCGCCAAGUGCCUUCGCGACUCGCCCGGUAUGAACGUCGACAGCAAGCGCUGGCAGCAUGGCGUCGACCUUCUUCAGCGCAUGCUUACCGUGUGUCCACGCCAGCGCAUCUCCCCACAGGAGGCGCUUGCCCACCCUUUCCUCAGUGCAUUAUAA